UAAUGCGUGCGUCUACUAUCAAACUACAGCAAUGUGGUUUGCACUUUCGGGAUCUAUUUCGAUUUUUUCGCAAUUGUACACGUUAUUUAACCUAUGUGGACGAACAUGGGUGUGUUUUUAGCUAGGAAAACUCGUCGUUUAUGAAUAUUGAAUGAUUAAAACGGAUAACGCGAGUGAAACUACCGGCUAAUAUAACCUGGUGAAGUGAACCUUGUCGAAAUUUUUAUGCAAGUUUAUAAAGGCAGUAGGAUAAUAUUUAAAAAUAAAUGAAUUUUUAAUAACACCGAUAUAUGACGGAAGAAAUAUAUUAAAUCGAAAGCACUGUGUAUAAUGAUUGUCUUUUUGUGUUUUUUAAUACCGCAUCAGAACUCUAACCUAAUUAAAAAUAUCGUACAUGUUGAAAUGACUUUUGUCUCAUUUAUUAAACGCAAUAAAUGAAUACUUCUGAAGAAUCACUGAACGAUCAGGAUCCUGAUUACGUCUCCAUAACCUCCAAUGACCAAACCAAACAAAAAAUUUACGAAAAAAAUGCAAGAAAUACUACAGCAAGAAAAAUAACGACAAUAAUGGAGAAGGAGUUUUUAGAAGAAAUUGAUUCAAAGGAGAAGGAAAUUUUGCAGAUACAGGAAAGAUUACAAAAAACUCUAAAAAUUUUUCAUUUUUUGCACUAUGUCGUGAUUACCAAUUUUUAUAAUUGCAAACAGUGCCAAAAUCUGCAACCAACAGAGACAACAAAACAAACAAGAAUUCAUCCUGCUAUUAAAUCAAUACUUGGAAAAUAUCCCAAAUCUGCUCAAUGGACAGAUGCUGCAGUGCCAUCGACAUCUACAGAUCCUCAAUUUUUAUACAAUGACGAAUCUUUUGCGCCAGCUUCAAGAGUUGCAACAAAUAAUGCAUCUAAAAGUGAACAAAUUGCAGACAAACUUGAUAUCGCAUCCCAAAAUACGAAGCAAAAACUUCUUAGUGAAGAAUAUCGACCUUGUAAAGUGCCUCGUUACGUGCCGCCGAAGAGUAGCACGCCGGAGAGAACGUUGCCAUCGUGCAGCAACAGUCAUAAAGUGCGUAAACGCAUUGUUAUCGGUAACAUCUCCAAGUGGAUUUCGCCGGAUUGGCGCGAAGACGCCUGCAGUCACAAAUGGACGAUGUACGUGCGCAGCGACAAGGACGAAAGCGCUGACAUUUGUAACUUUCUCUGUAAGGUGAGAUUUUUUCUGCAUUCCAGUUACCGUCCGAACGAUGUCGUUGAAGUAACAUCGUAUUCGUUUCAUCUAUCCAGGAGAGGAUGUGGUUAGUUUCCCCUUAGGGUAAAGUUACAUUUCAAGAAUCCUCGGAAUGAACCCAUGGAUAUAAUUCACCAUCUGAAGCUGGAUCGUACUUAUACAGGACUGCAAACGUUGGGCUCGGAGACUCUGGUCGAUGUGUGGAUCCACACAACGGAGUCACGUAUUUUCGAGCAGACCAGCAGUGGCGAAUCUAUUGAGUCUUCCCCUAAUAACUCAGUCAAGGUAGAACCGAGCAAUGGUAAUAGUGCCGAGAUUAUCUGUAAGCAACUGGUGAAAUCUACAAGAAAGUCGCAUCUUUCUGUGAGCGCUAUUGAGGAAAUUCGGGUGAAAAGAGAAAUAAUUGAUUCAGAAGUUCAAGAACGAACGAAUUCAUUGGAUUCAACUUCAAUUGAGAAAUGAGAAGACUUCAGAGUAAAGGCUGAAUUUGAUGAUGCAACUGUGGACAUAUUUAGCGAUUAGAAUGGACUGUGAAAUGGGCUGGAGAGACGUGUUAUUGCAUCACGCAUGAUCGCGAUUAUUUUAAAAAACGCUACUUUGACUCUCGCCAUUCCACUGUAAAAGAAGGUAACAUAACCACACUUUUUUGACAAUGAAGUGGACAAUACGUCGCAGAUAUUGAACGGUGAUAUUCAGUCUUCCAACAGCUGUCAGUCUCUGACAGUUUCAAAUUCAGUGACAGAUAAUUUACAGGUUGCAGUGAAUACUAUAUUGCAAGCAAACGACAAUCAGAAGAGUUUGAAAGAGUCAACUUUGUUUAAUACAAACAAAUCUGUACAAGCAACAAAUUUGGAGAGAAGCGAUAUCUUUGAAAUUUAAAAAAUAAUCCAUUUAAAAACACAUUGAUUAACGGCUUCUACAAAUCGUCUAAUAAAAAAUUAGUUACAGUAAUACUUAUAGUUAAUAAAAUUAUACUUAUAUAAUAUGACGAGUCUGAAUCUAAGGAUAUGUACAUGUUAAUUGGUCGUUAGUCACCAGUAGUUUUUAUUUGUGUAUUUUUUUUUUAAUUUUUCGGUAAUUGGUAAUGAAUAACUAUAUCGCCAAGGUAUAUUAUUAUCGUGUUGAUGAAUGUGGGGGGUACCCCAACUUUUUAUUGUUAUUUCGUCGCGGAUAAUGGUAUAUCAAUGGUACGCCGUUAUUAUCUUGUAUAUAACCAUUAUAAUCGAGAUACGGAAAUGCCUCAGGCGGGAUGAAGCCGGUGCAUAAAGUUUUUUCGUAAUACAUCGGAUUAGGAUAUAACGCACAGUGUAUUAGACUAUUUUCAGUAAUUUUGCUCAUCUGACAAAAAAUGUUCGCGAAUUAGUUUAAUAAUAAAAUUGUCUAUUCUAGGUAUGCCUGCCUCGUUAUAUAUUUUUACGUUGUUUAUGUAUUUUGUGUAAUCUGAUUUUGACGAUCUGUUCAUGUUAAGACAAGCUCUCAGGCAUUUUCUUUCAAAAAUUCUUAAUUUUUUCCAUGAGCGACGCACUAACGUUAUAUCAUAUGGGACAUCCAUAUGUUAUCAGGGGUCUUAUUAAUAGUUGGUAACAAAUUAUUUUGAUUUUUGUGUGCAAUAUUUUUGAAUAAAAAAGUCUACGCAAGUG